AUGCAGGUCUCACACAAAACUGAAGAGUGCAAUCAAUCACUCAAAAGAUCAUCUGCUCAUGAGGAAGACAGACAAGCUCUGAAGGCCAUUCACAGGAGCAAACCUGACUCCUAUAAAACCUCCUCGAAUGAGGACUCCUCUUCAAACUCAGAAGAUGAAAAAUCUGAAUCUGAUUCUGCCUCAAAUUAUUUAUCUGUUUCAGAAGCACCUGAGCUUCUCUCAAAAUCUGAUGAAGAGAAUAUUAUAAUGGAUGUUAAUGUAAAACCAUUAUUUGACCCAGACCAUAUCGAGCACCCUAGGUCAGCUGAAUGGGUCCCUAUGGCUCAUGUAGCCAAAUAUCUUGAAUGCUGGUUGAGGAAACCCCUUGACCAAGUGGCUAGAAAUAAGCUAAGUGCUGAAUACCCUAGACCGACUUUGUCUAAGAAAGUCGCACAGACCCCGGAUCUAGAUCCCACUAUUGUGCAAUUUUUAACAAAAUCAGGGAAGAACCGAAGUAAAGGACUUGACAGAUCACUAAAAUCUUGUCAAGAUAAAUUAAUGGACAUAUCUGGUCCUGUGGCAAAAAUGUCCGAUACUUUACAACAAACUGCAGUUUCUGGAAUUCCUCCCAGCAUUGAUAUUUUGAGAGGUUGCAUUGCAUGCUUUUUGGGGAAUGCUAACGCAGCUUCGACCAGCGAAUGCCGCAGGUCUAUUUUAAUGAAAAUUGACCCUCAGUAG